CAUUUAUAAGUUAUAUUCUUUAAGCAUCAUUGAGUAUAUAUAAUUAAUUUCUAAGUCCAAAAAUUUAUGUAGCAACUAAGGAUUCCAGCUUUACGACCCAGACCACCAGACAGUUUCUAUGUACAGGCAGUGCGGAUAAUUUUCCUCAGCCCCAACUUCAGGUGUACAAAAGAAAAUGAUCUAUCUGGUACUACGGGUAAUUCCCGUAGUACCAGGUAAUUCCCGUAGUACCAGUACCUACCGUACAGUAAAGGUUUUCCUUGGAAAUUCCCAGACUUUUUAAACGAUUUCUACAGCGACAUCUACUCAGCUUUUCUCCCACGAGUUCCUCUUACAGUUCCCGUUGUAUCGUACUGCUUGGCUAUUUAAGGUCUGUAGGAAGCCAGAUCAUCUCACACUUCCCUCCUCACAGAUAGUCAGAAAAACAGACAGAGAGACAGGCAGUUAGGUAGACAAGCAGACACAGGCAGACAGACAUGGCCAGGCUGGACGUGACAGAGACCUUCCAUCACAUCUCAUUCCCUGGGCACAUUCACACCCAGGACUCCCUGAAGUGUGCCCUCCACUUCCAGUUCCAGGACAGUGACACUGUCAUCGCCACCUACCCCAAAUCAGGGACUACCUGGAUGCAGGAGAUUGUCACUCUUGUGAAAAACAGAGGGGACCCACAACUCUCCAAAACGGUGCCCAACUGGGCCCGAGCCCCCUGGCUGGAACAGCAUUACAGUGCAAAGGUGCUGGAGGCCACCCAGGGGCACCGAAUCAUCACCACUCACCUGCCCUACAACCUGCUGGCUUCUGCACUCCAGGGCUCCAAAGCUAAGGUCAUCUAUGUCGCCAGAAACCCCAAAGAUGUUGUUGUGUCAUAUUACCACUUCCAUAAAAUGGCCAAGUUCCUCCCAGAACCCAAUUCAUUUGAUGAGUUUCUGGGUAGUUUUCUGGAGGGAUCAGUGAGUUAUGGGUCCUGGUUCGAUCAUGUGAAAGGCUGGACGAGUCAAACAGGAGUCUUGGCAAAUGUUCUUUAUAUCUCUUAUGAGGAGAUGUGGCUGGACCUGCAAGGCUCGAUGGAGAGGAUCAGCUCUUUCCUGCAGUGCCCCCUGGUGGGCGAGGAGUUAACCAACUCCCUGAGACACUGCAGCUUCAGCAGCAUGAGAGAUAACGCCAUGGUGAACUACACUCUGAUCCCAAAGGAGAUUAUGGACCACAGCAAAGGCAAAUUCAUGAGGAAAGGUAAAAUUGGUGACUGGAGAAACACUUUCACAGAGGAGCAGAUUGGUCUUUUCGACACCGUCUACAGCUACCAGAUGCAAGACUGUCCCCUGACCUUCAUGUGGGAGUGUCCUCCUGAGUCCUGUGGGGGAGGAGGAGGAGGACAGGCUUCUGGGGAUCAGGAUAGGGCCCUAUCUAGCAAUACCUAGAUGAAUAAACCAUGUCUCCUCCCUAGCUAGUGCUGUCCGCCGGUCCCUCUCAUUAGCCUGUUGAUGGGAUCCGAGAGGGUCACACAUUUAACUCCCUGACAUUGACGCAUUGGAAAUCCUCCCAGUGUGUGGCAGUGCAUCAAGCAGAAGGGCUGAUAUAUUAACUCCAGAAAGGCUGACGUGUACAUAAAAAGCUGUUGUUACAUCAGUCACAUAGCUUGAUUCCGAACAACCUGGAUUUCCCAUAUAUAGCUCAUCUACGGACUGUAUUUCCAUCAGUAAGGUUUAUAGCCCUGAGUUGUUGGGAAACUAUGUGACUGAUGCUAACAUAUGGGCAUAUAUCAUCAUUAGGCCUAUCUAAUCCCAGAUUCCAUGUGCUGCUCAACUAAAAUAAUGUGAAAGAUGGUGAGUUGUGUUAUGAAAGCGUUCAAGACAGUACUGUCUCACCGACCAGAUAUUGCGGUCAAGUGCCUUUAUCAUAGUGCUGCGGUUGUCUCAUUGAUGCGGCUAAAAUAUACAACCAUAUACAGUAUGUCCACCUAAUGCGUGUCAUGUUAUUCAGUCUGGGUUGGUUGUUGAAGUUGUCUUUGCGGGGGCUUGUGCGUCAUGGGUCUUGUGGUCAGCUGUCAGGGACGUCAGGAUUCACCACUGGAUUCCAUUACAAAGGCGUGUGGCAGAGCUGUUGCUGGGGGUCAGCAUGAACUCUGUCCCCAAGUGACAUGUAUCAGCAACACAAGUAUAGGAAGUGGUUUAGUCAAAGAGGAAGUGGUCUAUUAUUUCACAAGUGGUGAGUUCCAAGUAACAUGUGUCCCUAUCCCUCUUGGGUCUGUCAAGCUGUCAGCUCAUGGGACCAAGAUGAGGAAGUUAUGCGAACACUAACAAAAGGUCAUAAUCCUCCGAUCACAGUUUAUAUCAAUGAGCGGCAGUGUGUCAAGCUGAUCCAAUGAGAGGCAGUGUGUCAAGCUGAUCCAAUGAGCGGCAGUGUGUCAAGCUGAUCCAAUGAGAGGCAGUGUGUCAAGCUGAUCCAAUGAGCGGCAGUGUGUCAAGCUGAUCCAAUGAGAGGCAGUGUGUCAAGCUGAUCCAAUGAGCGGCAGUGUGUCAAGCUGAUCCAAUGAGAGGCAGUGUGUCAAGCUAAUCCAAUGAGAGGCAGUGUGUCAAGCUGAUCCAAUGAGAGGCAGUGUGUCAAGCUGAUCCAAUGAGAGGCAGUGUGUCAAGCUGAUCCAAUGAGUGUCCCCUCAGUAACUAAUGACAAAAAUCUUCAUCUGCUGCUCUCAGACUCCGGCUGCUUGACUAGUACUUACACGGCAAGACAAGUGGUGAAAUCUCGCGUCUUGUGACGGCCGGCCGCCCAACAACCUGCCCACUUGACCCUAUCCCCUCCUCUCUUCUCCAGACCAUUUCCGGAGACCUUCUCCCCUACCUCACCUCGCUCAUCAACUCAUCCUUGACCGCUGGCUACAUCCCUUCCGUCUUCAAGAGAGCGAGAGUUGCACCCC